AUGGGUCAUCAAGGAUUGAUACAAUCCCAAAGAGGUCGCAUGGACAACGUUGAAACACAAUUGAUUGGUAGUAUGAUCUUGACAUGUCCUUCUCGUGAAACGAUGCGGAGAGGUUUAGAGAUCUCUGGAAUGGAAGCUUCUCAUCAAUCAGUGGUAAUGGUCACCUUUGAGAGAGCUCAAUUUCUUCAAUAUCAAGGAGGCAAGAAGAAAUAUCGCCGAUUGAUUUCAAGACAUGACUUGACAAGCAAGAUGAUUGCUCAUCCCAUGUUGUUUGUCAUGUCUCCAAGUGGGCAUAUUCACAGUUUGGUUUUUAAACAAUCUGAAAGUCGUGAAUUGAGGUCCAUCAAGAAAGGUCUUUUGAGAAUGCUCACCACAGAGGCUGUCAAAUCCUCGAGAGGUCAAACCGAUGGUUUUGGUGGAAAGUAUUAUCAACGCUAUGAAAAAUCACAUUCUUCCAAAUUCUUGACCAUUCUUCAGAAAUAUUCAAAGAAGGAUUUCAUUCGAAUUCCAUUAUCUAAACGAAGAAUGCAAUAUGAAGGCAUGCAUGUCGUGAAUGUGUCCAAGGACAAACAUGUGGUACAGUCUGCUUAA